CCUUCUCUACAACAAGAGCGCAUAGGUCACUAACCAGUACAUAAUCCCCACUGGGAAAGCCCUUCACCAGCCAGACAAGCAGCUCGAUCGGCUGCACAGCUCCGAAGAGGGCAAACUCAUGGGCUCCACUGGCGCAGAAAUGAUCGUCAUCCCGGCAGCUAACAACGACGAAGACUCAUGCACGUACGCGAUGCAGCUGGCGGCAGCGUGUAUCUUGCCGAUGACGCUCAAAAACGCCAUCGAGCUAGGCAUGCUAGAGAUCCUUGUGGGCGCCGGCGGGAAGGCUCUGUCGCCGUCCGAGGUGGCCGCGCGGCUGCCAUCGACCACUACCAACCCGGACGCGCCGGCAAUGGUGGACCGCAUGCUGCGGCUGCUGGCGUCGUUCAACGUGGUGUCGUGCGAGGUGGAGGAGGGUAAGGACGGCCUCCUCGCCCGCCGUUACGGCCCCGCGCCGGUAUGUAAGUGGCUCACACCCAACGAGGACGGCGUCUCCAUGGCCGCGCUGCUCCUCAUGUGCCACGAUAAGGUCACUAUGAAGAGCUGGUAUCAUUUGAAGGACGCAGUCCUCAACGGCGGCCUCCCGUUCGAGAAGGCGCACGGGAUGCCGGCGUUCAAGUACCACGGCACGGACCCGCGGUUCAAUCGCGUGUUUAACGAGGGCAUGAAGAACCACUCCACCAUCAUCACCAAGAAGCUCCUCGAGUCCUACACGGGCUUCGACGGCCUCCGCGCCCUCGUCGACAUCGGCGGCGGUACCGGUGCCACCAUCCACGCCAUUACCUCCAAGUAUCCACAACUCAGCGGAGUCAACUUCGACCUCCCCCACGUCAUCUCCGAGGCACCGCCAUAUCCUGGCGUAAGGCACAUCGGCGGCGACAUGUUCAAGGAGGUUCCGUCCGGCGCUGAUGCUAUCCUCAUGAAGUGGAUCCUCCAUGACUGGACUGACGAGCAAUGUGCGACGCUGCUGAGGAACUGCUAUAAUGCACUCCCCCCGCACGGCAAGGUGGUCGUAGUGGAGUGUGUCCUACCAGUGAACCCGGCCGAUGCCUCGCGCAAUGCGCAGACGGUCUUCACGAUCGACAUGAUCAUGCUCACGGACACCCCUGGUGGAAAGGAGAGGUACCAGAGGGAAUUCGAAAUGCUGGCGAAGGGCGCCGGAUUCGCCAAUGUCAAGGCCACCUACAUCUACGCCAACGCUUGGGCCAUCGAGUUCACCAAGUAGAUCUGGCCUCGGCCGCCCGUUUUAUAUGUUCUCCUUGCUUCUCCCUAGACCUGAAUCUGCACUUGAUUCGUGUAAUUUUUUACUUAUUUUUCACCUUCUCCAAAUAAAUGUGGAUUGUAAUGGUUGUUUAUACUACUUGAAAAUCAAAAUGCAGUGCGUAUAAAUAAAUUUAGUAAAAAGUUUACCAAUGUA